CAUCGACCCAAUCGAUAUGCAACUUGCGCAUAUUGAUUUUAUUUUCCUGCAGAAUUAAAGAUUCCAAUACGUACACACUCGCAAAAUCUGCGGAAAUCCAGACAAAGCCGAGAAAAAUCUUAACUUUUAGAUGCGAUAAGUGGCGAGGAAAGCGCUAGUCCUCGAGAUACAUAUACAACAUGGGUGAUAACGAGCAAAAGGCGCUCCAGCUGAUGGCCGAGGCCGAGAAGAAGUUGACCCAACAAAAGGGCUUUCUUGGAUCACUAUUCGGCGGUUCUAACAAGGUGGAAGAUGCCAUCGAGUGCUACCAGCGGGCUGGCAACAUGUUUAAGAUGUCCAAGAACUGGACAAAGGCUGGCGAAUGCUUCUGUGAGGCAGCCACUCUACACGCUCGGGCCGGAAGUCGCCACGAUGCUGGAACCUGCUAUGUGGAUGCCUCGAACUGCUACAAGAAGGUGGAUGUGGAGAGCGCCGUCAAUUGCCUGAUGAAGUCCAUCGAUAUCUACACGGAUAUGGGCCGAUUCACGAUGGCUGCCAAGCAUCAUCAGAGCAUUGCCGAGAUGUACGAGGCUGAUCCUCAAACUCUGGCUAAGUCAAUUCAGCACUAUGAGCAGGCUGCUGAUUUCUUCAAGGGCGAGGAGUCUGUCAGUUCGGCCAACAAGUGCAUGCUGAAGGUGGCCCAGUAUGCCGCUCAGUUGGAGGAUUACGAGAAAGCAAUAUCCAUUUACGAGCAGGUGGCUGCCUCUUCAUUGGAGAGCUCUCUGCUCAAGUACAGUGCCAAGGAGUACUUCUUCCGGGCUGCCCUCUGCCACCUGAGUGUGGAUUUGCUCAACGCCCAACAUGCCAUCGAGAAGUAUGCGCAGCAAUACCCAGCAUUCCAGGACUCUCGAGAGUUCAAGCUUAUUAAGGUGCUGUGCGAGCAUCUGGAGGAGCAGAACAUUGAGGGAUUCACAGAAGCAGUCAAGGAUUACGAUAGCAUCUCCCGGCUGGAUCAGUGGUACACCACAAUUUUGCUUAGAAUCAAGAAGGCUGCGGACGAGGAUCCAGACUUGCGAUAAAAUAAUCAAUUACACUCUCUGAUAAAGUCACAUAAACAUUUAUUAAAUGCUUUAUUCGGUUCGGAUAUUAAUCUACCUAUAUAUAUAACUAAAAGAAAAUUAUUAAACGUGUUGCAUUGCUAAACCUGAAGGCACCCAAUGAAAAAAAAAACAAAAACAAUAUUAAAAUAGCCUGCUUAACCGCGUGAGGAUAACUUACUGAUUAGUCCAUAAACCCAUACUCUAGAGGUAACAUCUAGCUCAUGCAACGAAUGAAAUCAGAGCAAAAGCCACGGUUCAUCUUGCUAUUUGGUUACGUUUUCAUUUCCUAUAUUGUGCGAGUUGAGGAAUUGGAUGUGACACUGUUAUUUUUGUCUGUUUUUUGAUUUGUGUUACUCAUGUUAUUUGUGAAACUAGCCAAAUAUUGAAUUAGCUGCUGUUUUAUUUGAAUGCGUUAAAGGCCCUUUAGAGAACCUUGCCACCAAUCUCAAAACUACUUAAUACUUUAUAUAUGUGUGUUAGAUUAUUUACGAAAUGUCCCUGGUAGUGAACGAGAAAGAAAUUAAAAUUAUGUUUCCAUUACUGCACUCAGAAAAGUAAAAAAAACAAUACGUUUAGAUUGUACGCAAUACACUAUCUAUGAAUAAAAUUUAUGUCCAUAUAAGCAUUAAAAAAUUAUCCCUAUAAAUAUCCAAAAUCAAAGGAAAAGGAAUUCUUAUAAAUACUUGAGGGUCACAUUUAUAGAAAUUCCAUCUCGAAAAAAAUUUUAAAAAAUGUUUAGUAGAUCAAAUUCCUAUAAACAUGUACGAAAAAAAGUUAUAUUCCAAUAAAUAAACUUACGAAGGAGCUAACAAGUUUUGUGGCCAUCGAUUGGCCGGAACAAACAA